UUGGUUUUUAGGGUUCUCCUGCUAUUUUAUUAAAUUCCACUGUUUAAUGGCUGGUUUGUUCUGUUAAAGCGGUUGCCAAGGCCAGAAGAGUGGGACUGCUACACGAAAACCAGUCGAAACCCAAGUGACGGCGAAGAGGAGAGUCGGAAAACCGGAAACCGGCUAGGCGAAAACAUCGAAAACUAUGAGUUUCCCGGACAAGGCGGAGCGCACCAAGUGCUGGAGCAAUCGGGACGAGUACUGGAAGUGCCUGGACGAGCACGCUCCGAAGCACAGCUCCACCAGCGGGGAGAAGGUGCCCGCCGCCUGCCAAAGUCUGCGCAAGCUGUUCGAGCAAUCCUGUCCCGGCCAGUGGGUCAAGCACUUCGACCGCAAGCGCACCUACGAGCAGUUCAAGGAGAAGAUGGCCCAGGGCUACGAUCCUUUGGAAGAGCGAGUGCGGGCCGAGAAGCAGGCCAAGUGAUGCGUGAUUUUUGUACUGUUGUAGGGUAGUGUAAAUAAAUAGCCCAUCUAGCUGUAUGACAACAA